ACGCAGAACCCACCCAGAAGGAACCAAACCAAACAAACGCCCUAGAGCGAGCGAGGAGGAAAGGGUGGACAAGAAGCAGAUAAACGCUGGAGCCAGAAGCUCUCUCUCGUUGCUAAAUGGCUGCUUCAGAUGGCGAUACCCCCAAGGCCAGGGAACGAGGAGGUCGUUCUUAUUGUAUGAAUUGGUUGAAUUAACAAAUGUAAGGAGGAGCAGUGAAGUGUCGAGAAUGACGAUGAGGAGGGGGAUUAAGAAGAGAGUGGACACGGCAGUUGUAAAUGUUUGGGAUCGAGAGGUCGGGGAGCUUUCCACCACAAGCUUCGCUUACCGUCUCCGCGCCUCUCAGGAUCUUGUUCUCCGACUUGAUAUCUUUCGGAAGCUGAAGGAACACACGGGUUGUGUUAACACAAUUAGCUUCAAUGCAGAUGGUGACAUUAUUGUCUCAGGCUCUGAUGACAGGAGAAUCAUAUUCUGGGAUUGGGAAAGUGGAUGUGUUAAACUCUCAUUUGAUUCAGGUCAUAAUAACAAAGUCUUGCAAGCAAAGAUCAUGCCUUACACUGAGGACCGAAGCAUUGUUACAUGUGCUGCUGAUGGGCAGGUUAGACUUGCUGAGGUUCUAGAAAGUGGGCUAGUGGAAACUAAACUGCUGGGGAAGCACCAUGGUCGAGCUUAUAAGUUGGCCAUUGAACCAGGAAGUACUCAUAUUUUUUACACCUGUGGUGAAGAUGGAUUGGUUCAGCAUAUUGAUCUAAGAACUGGAGCUGCUACACGUCUUUUCACUUGCCAGCCCUUCCGUGACCGUGGUUUCAUGCCAAUUAUUCUUCUAAAUGCAAUUGCAAUAGAUCCCAGAAAUCCUAAUCUGUUUGCAGUUGCAGGGUCUGAUGAAUUUACUCGACUUUAUGAUAUCCGCAAAUAUAAGAGGGACGGGUCAACGGAUUUUGGUCAGCCAAUAGACUACUUUUGCCCUCCGCAUUUGAUUGGUGAUGAGGAUGUGGGAAUAACAGGCUUGUCCUUUUCAGAUCAGAGUGAGAUUCUUGCCUCUUACAGUGAUGAGUUUAUCUAUCUCUUUACAAGAGAUAUGGGAUUGGGACCAGAUCCUGCUCCAGUUUCUCCAGUGUCUAUGAAUAGUGAUGCAGUUGAAAUGGGAGCAGAGCACGAAUCUGCAGUGUCUGCCUCGGACAUGCAUGCUGAUGUUAAUUUUGGUCCCCAAGUCUAUAGGGGUCAUAGGAACUGUGAGACAGUGAAGGGUGUGAACUUCUUUGGGCCUAAAUGCGAGUAUGUUGUGAGUGGGUCAGACUGUGGUCGGAUUUUUAUCUGGAAGAAGAAGGGUGGGGAGCUCAUUCGUGUUAUUGAAGCAGACAAACGUGUGGUGAACUGUAUUGAGUCACCUACUCAUACCACUGUUCUUGCCAGCUGUGGGAUUGAAACUGAUAUAAAAGUAUGGACUCCAAAAGCUCUCCACAGAGCUACUCUGCCUACAAACAUUGAAAAGCGGAGACCUAAGGCAAAUUACUGUACGUACAGCCGCCUGGUUUCUACCCAACAUCUGAUGUUGCAGCUGUUACCACUGGCAAGACCAAGGGAUAAUCUAGAGAGCCAUGGCGAGAAUUCUGACCCACCGAAGCAACCACAACAACUUAUUUCAUCGUUUGAUGCCAACAGCGAGGAUUCUGCAGAAGGUGGCUAGAGAGGUGGCGAUGACUCUGGUGCGGAAGAAUUAUAAAGUAAUUCACGUUACAUAAACUUUUGGGCCUAACUUAAUGAGUGUUGUACAUAAUAUAGGAAAGAAGUUUAAUCCUUGCAUGUGUUUUCUGGGUUUUAUCUUUUGAGUAAUUUUCACGAUAUAGGGGGCUGAGGCUGGACUAUAUACGCCACCAAUGUACUACAGCUUCAUCUCCAAAUAAAAAGGUGGCAAACUGAACAGCUUCUAAUGAGUAACAUUGCCAACACUAUUGGAUGAAGCUCCGACCUGUUCGAGAUCGAGAGCUUCUCCACGCAGCUGUCGUCGUCGGUCGAACCCGCUGUUCUGGCGGCAAGACUCAUUGGAUGAAGCAGGCAGCAACCUUCAACCCCUGGAAGCUGGCGCCUGGCGGCCUUCGCCCUUAGCCAAGAUAGCCUGGACGAGCUGGCGACCCCAUCAGUGGGCGCGACGGAGUGUUACGAGCCUAGCAAGGCCACUGGAGCAUCACCGCCACCGAAGGUUUCGAUCGAGCCAGUAGCAUUACCAACCUCUCUCACACGCUAAAACAACAGCAGCGACAACAACGGUGGUCAUCGACGGGGAGCUGCGGGUUGUUGAGCGGUCCAUUCUAUUAGACUGCAUGGAUGUCACGAUGUAUUGUUUAUACCACGUUGCUAUGCAUGUAUUUUGUGCUUUCAAAUUAUUCUUAAUCCGUGUUUAAUAUUUUUUUUUUUUUUAUGAAUAAAAGUAUCUAAUGGGAUAU